ACGACAGGCGGCUUCAACUUGUCACGCAGCUGCCUGGGGGUCACGUGCAACAAAGGCGGCCAUAAAUGCAGCAGCUCGGCGGCCGCACAAACGGCGAGCGAGCGAGCGCGCGCGCGCGGAUCACCUCCACCGUCGUUCCUUCACUUUGCUGCUGCACCCGAACACAACUAAGGUGGAAAAAUGGUCUCGGUGACAACCAGAGAGGCGCCGCCCUCGGCGACGGUCAAGUUCUUUGGCGCUGGCGCGGCGGCCUGCGUAGCCGACCUGGUGACCUUCCCGCUGGACACGGCCAAAGUCCGACUGCAGGUUCAAGGCGAGGUUCCGACAGCUGAGGGUGCCAACGCGAGGCGAUACCGCGGGGUGUUUGGCACCAUCGCCACGAUGGUGCGCACCGAGGGCCCCGCGAGUCUUUACAACGGACUGGUGGCAGGACUGCAGAGGCAGAUGAGCUUCGCCUCCGUACGAAUCGGUCUCUACGACUCCAUGAAGCAAUUCUACACUCGAGGCGCUGAGAGUUCGGGCAUCGUCACCGGGCUCAUGGCGGGCUGCACCACCGGCGCCAUGGCCGUGGCUUUCGCACAACCCACCGACGUGGUGAAGGUGCGCUUUCAAGCCCAGGCGCGCCUGUCCGACGGCAGGAGGAGAUACAACGGCACCCUGGACGCUUACAAGACCAUCGCCCGGGACGAGGGGAUACGAGGCCUUUGGAAAGGGUGCGUGCCCAACAUCGCCCGUAACGCCAUCGUCAACUGUGCGGAGCUGGUGACCUAUGACGUCAUCAAGGAGGUCAUCCUGAAGUAUAACUUCAUGACAGACAACCUGCCGUGCCAUUUCACAGCUGCCUUCGGCGCGGGCUUCUGCACCACGAUGGUGGCGUCGCCCGUGGACGUGGUCAAAACGCGCUUCAUGAAUUCGGGCGCCAACCGGUACGGCGGCGCCGUCGGCUGCGCUCUCACCAUGAUGAAGAACGAAGGGCCCGCGGCCUUUUACAAAGGGUUUACGCCUUCUUUCCUGCGACUGGGCUCCUGGAACAUCGUCAUGUUCGUCACGUACGAGCAAAUCAAGCGAGGCGUAACGCAAUACUGGGAGUCGCCAUUUUGAAGCAGGAAGCCGCACGGGCUCAAGUUUCAUCACGGGCGCAGCGUGGUGACGAGCGCUUCGUUGACUCCGCUCACGAGAGACCCCAAAGAGAACUUGAAAAAGGGUUUGGGGCACCUGCGCUCACAACUCAAGACGGAUCAAACGUGGACUUGCCACAGCCGCAAGUCGGACUUCCCGCGCUAAUUUCUGCUUCGGGAAUGGCGGCGACGGCCUUUCGGAAUCCAGUUGUGGGCGUCGUACACUCAGAUGCGUGCGAAGGGUACCAGAAUACACGGAUCCAAAUUGGGGGUCCGCUUUAAAGCGGGAUGUUUAUGUUUACAGCAAUAAAGUGGGAAAUUGUGCCGAUGCUGUACUGCAUUUAACAUUGAGACCGUUUACAAUAAGUAGACUGAACCAGACGUCAAGAACGUCAUUGAAUUUAUGUGAGGAGGUUUUGUUUUUGGAGCGUUUACAGUGUUUGCUUGCCAGUCAUGUGGUCCCGGUUAAUUAUAGGAUAUGCACUUAAAUACAAUCAUUUGUUGCUGGUCGAUCAAUUAGAAACGUGAUAAAACUGAAACGAAACAAAUAA